AUGAUUCAUAUUAAAAACAUCAUUGAUGAUCAUCAUGGAUCUAUUUCUACAUUUACUAUUUUAACAUAUAAUUGUCUUGCUUCGAAUCUUGCUGAACCAAAAUAUUUUCCACGAACUGAUCCAACACAUCUUGAUUUUUCUUAUCGAUCGAAAUUAUUUGAACAUGAAUUACAAUCAUUCAAUGCUGAUAUUGUUUGUUUACAAGAAAUUCAUCAAGACGAUUUUCAUCAAUGGCUCAGUCCAUUUCUUUUUCAAUUGGGAUAUGGCGAAGGUACUUUUGCUAAACGUGGUGGUACCAAAGCUAAGGAUGGCGUUGUGAUAUUUUUCAAACGAGAUAAAUUUAAACUGAUAAAUCAAUAUCGACUAGAUUAUUUCGAUAUUGCACAAGUUCAAUUUCCAACAGAAGCAUCAUUAGCUACAUACAAUGUUGCUCUCUUUUGUCUUCUGCAAAUUCAAAAUAAUAAGGGACCACCAUUAGCAGCUAUUCUUGAUGAAUCAACAACUGGCGUUGAUCCAAAUGCACGACAACAAAUGCAAGAAAUAUUUUAA